CUACUAUGCAUCCACUGAAAAUCAAUGAAAUUACGAUUGCGUGACGUGCAACACUUAUUUCUCAUUUUGUUUCUUUAGUUUCUGAACAUUUCAAAGAGUAGUUUUUCUUUAGCGAAUUGAUGACAAUAGCAAUUUAUUUAUUUAUCAUCGCAUGUGACAUGUGCACAGAGAAGAGGAGAAUCGAAUGCACUCGAACUCGAUCAAGUUGCAUUGAAAAACACUUACAUAUUUAAUACCCUCUACGAAUUGCACGUUCAUUAUUAAUUAUGACAAAUUAUUCACGUAGGAAAUUGGAAUACGUAUUAUUAUUAACGUAUCGCAUGGAUUUAUUUGAUCCUAAUCGAUAUUAUCGUUUAAACAAUCUUUGACAAAUUCGUAAGUUGUAAAAAAAAAAAGAAUUUGACUGAAAUAUCUCACAAACGUAUUAUAUUUCUUGCAUUAAAUAAAAAUAACAAGUAGGAGUUUCAAUACCCUGUUAAAACAUCGAAGCAUGGACAAUAAGAGAAUAGCGUAUAUCCGUUAGGGUUACUUAAACGUCAUAACAGAGAGGAGGUCAGUUAGGAUCGAAAAGUUGAACGUGAUAGAAGUCAGUGUAAUGUAAAACAGUUCAAAAAUGAAAUUAGAAUAAAUGUUUGUUCAAAGAAAAAUCAGAUAUUAUAACUAAUGAUUAAUCAUUUGGAUAGUUUCCUGAUCUAAUUAGUUUAGUUAAUUGUAAAUAGAUUUAGCAAAGUUAACUAAAGAAGCGAGGUAAUACGUUCGAAUCAUUAACCGAGUAUCUGUAAAUGGUAGUAUAUACAAUAUUAAUAUAAUCACAAAUGGGAAAAGUUCGCGAAUAGAAAGAUAGGUUUAAUUCAAAAGCUUGGAAAAGGGGCUCGGCGUUACGAUAGUUGAACGAAUUCAGUGUAUGAUAGUGGUACUGAACUCUCGUCGUGUGUUUGCACUGAACGCAAGGACGAUAAAGAGGAUAAAGAGGAUAAAGAGGAUUACUGGUACGAUCGAAUAAAGAGGAGAAAAGCACAGCGCAUCCCAUAGCUAUGGGAAAGGGUAUGCUGUCGGUAUGUGGCGAAAAGCAGCAGGUGGUUUUGUUAUUUCUGAUCGAAAUCAUUUUGAUCGUUUUAAUUGGAACUUUGACGACUUAUGGACCUGAAGCAAACGCUAAUCUUCUGAAAAAUCUAAAGGAAGAUUACAAUGGGAACAACGAACACAACAGAAAACCACAGAGCGAUUCAUUACGUAUUUAUCCGAUGUAUCAAGAUGUUCACGUGAUGAUUUGGAUCGGAUUUGGAUAUCUGAUGACAUUCCUCAAGAGAUAUGGUCAAAGUGCUAUUGGAUUGACCUUUCUGAUCAGUGCAGUACUCGUACAAGUCGCUUUAAUCUGCGAAGGAGUUCUACAUUUUGAUAAAAAUAACAAGGCUUACUUAUCUUUAUCAAGUCUGCUCAGUGCCGACGUUGCUGUCGCAGCUCCAUUAAUAUCAAUGGGAGCUCUUCUUGGUAAGACGACCUAUAUGCAACUCGUAUUUAUGGGUAUCGUCGAACUGAUCGUAUACACCAUCAACAAGUACAUCAACGAGCAUCAUCUUAUGGCCGUCGAUGCCGGUGACAGCAUGUACGUUCAUGCAUUUGGUGCAUAUUUUGGAUUGGCAGUCAGUUUCGUCUUUGGUAGGAAAGAUAAACCAAAGGAACAUCAUCUCGAGGGACCCUCCUAUCAAUCAGAUAUAUUUGCAAUGAUUGGUACGGUCUUCCUCUGGCUGUUUUGGCCGUCGUUCAACAGUGCAUCCCUCGAUGGGGAUAGCCAACAGAGGGCUAUAAUAAACACUCUCCUCUCGAUCUCGGGAAGCUGCGUGAUCGCCUUCGCCACGUCCGCUCUAAUUUCAAAGGAUAACAAAUUCAACAUGGUCCACGUACAAAACUCAACUCUUGCUGGUGGUGUUGCCAUCGGCACUGCCGCAGGUAUGAUGUGUAAACCGAUCGGAGCACUGAUCAUUGGUUCUUUGGCCGGUUUGCUCAGUGUCCUCGGAUACAAAUAUCUAACGCCAUUUAUACAGAAACGGCUGCGUAUCCACGAUACUUGUGGGGUUCACAAUUUACAUGGAAUGCCAGGAGUGCUCGCUGGAAUUUUUGGUGCGAUCAUGGCAGCACUUGCUACCCAGAAUUCUUACGAUUAUUCUCUUUACGAGAUUUUCCCAGCAAGAGCACCUAACUUUGAAAAAUUAACUUCCGAGAUGAGGAACGAUUACGGCAUUUUACCUGGAAACGAUAGAACAGCGUUAGAACAAGCAGGUUAUCAAAUACUUGCAUUGACCGUUACCUUACUAAUGGCUUCCAUUUCUGGUGUAAUAACCGGAUUAAUUCUGCGUACAUCUGUUUGCGGAUCUGUCGCAGAGGAAGACAAAUUCGACGACGCUGUUCAUUGGGAAUUAGAAGAAGAAGAAGAAGAAGAAGGCUUACAUGAAAUUUCCAAAAUAAAAGAAAGAAAUAGUCGAGCUAACGAUCAAUUACCAAUGGGUACUAUUUGAAAUAUAUAUUGAAUACUUUCUCUUAUUUCUUUCUUAUCAAAUCUUAUUUAAAUUCACCUUUAUUCUUAUUGUUAGAUUUAAUGAUACUAUUGUGAAAAUGUAAAGAAAAGAAUUUAUGGAUAGAUCGACCAAUUGUAACAAAAGUUUUAAAAGAAAGACGAUAAUGAAAUAAAAACGAAUCUUUUCAGAUGCUUUUAAAUAAAUCUCAAUAAAAUAUCAACAAUCGUAAACUAUAUUAUUUCUUAUCAAUAAAAAAUAAAAAAAAUAUCCACGAUGACAAUUUACAGUUACAAAUAGAGAUACAACAUUGCGAACAAACAAAGUAAUACUUUGGAUGAUUUUAAUAAAUUUCCAUUAUAAAACUGUUAUAUUAAAUCUAUACAAUAUAAAUAUAAUGUUAAAUAAUUUGUAAUGUAAUCUAUUAGGAAUGCUGAAUGAUUGUGAGGUCACCGAUGAUAUCUUAAUUAAUAUCAAGAAAUUAAAGAAAUUUUAUCUAAUAACUGUUUUUUA